GAUAUGAUAUCUCAAACUUGCACAAUAUACAUGUAUAAUUUUCAAACAAAGAUGGCAAAUAAAAUACUGUUUUAUACCAUAUUAAUUAUAUGUACAAGUAUAGCGUGUGGAUUUAUCAAUGAUGGUAAUUAUAUACCCAACAACAGGACAGACGCUUUAGAGUUUUUGUUAGUGGAGGAAAAACAGAUGAGGAUCAAACUGGAGGCGAAGAUGGAGGAUCUAAUGAACCGAAUAGCGUCUGUAGAAUCUGAACAGGAUAAAUGUGGUUGCAGGAAUGGUAUUGGUUCCACAGCUGGACAUAAACCGUCUUUCAUGGCAACAUUGUCUGCUGAAUAUCAUUGUGGGGCAAAGCAGCCAUUGAUAUUUGAUACUGUUAAACUCAACUCUGGGACAGCGUACCAACCUACGCACGGCGUGUUUAAAGCACCUGUUAAUGGAACAUAUGCCUUUUUCGCCACUUUAUCAAUCCCCCCAAACAGCAGCUUCCAUGUUGAAAUGGUAAAAAACGCCGUUACUAACCAUGCCGGGCUAUAUCUCCACGCUGACCAUCUAGGUAUUUGGAUUGAACGAAGUAGUAAUGUGAUCAUACGUUUGCAGAAGGAUGACGAAGUGUGGAUGGUUUGCUUGUACGACUCUACAAUUGAAGGCGACAUUACAACAACCAUGAACGAUACUUACGAUUAUCAUUCCCAUUUUUCAGGUUUUCUUGUCAGCGAAGAUUAAAUGGAAUUAAUGAUAUUGUACCCAUUUAUGCACGUUUUCUGUUCCUAUCUUAAUGCUCAGUAGAGAAAUUACUUAAAGGAUAAGGACGUUCAAAAUAGGUAUCAAUUUUCGUUAUUAAAAACAUUUUAGGUACUAUAUUUUUAAGUUUUCUUUAGUAGCUUCAUGUCGUACAUGUAUAUGUGAUAGGUUAUUCAUACUUAA